AGAAGCUCUAAAUUAGAACGCAGUAUCAAUUAUGACGACCGCGUCAGCCGACGACACCGAGUGGGAAAAGCACGUGGACGAAGCCUCCAGUUCCGCGUACUACUACAACACUCGCACAGGCGAGUCAUCAUGGGAGAUCCCUGCUGGCUUUAGAUCUCCAGAGGGACAAGAUAUGAGCAAGGACAAGACCCCAAAGUGGCGCGAGUUCGUGGACGAUGAAUCGGGAGCCACUUACUAUUACGACGAAGUAAGCAGCACCAGUCGAUGGGAGAAACCAGAAGACUUCGUACCUGGGCAAGACAGUGAGAAGCAGGACAAAGCAACGGAACCCGAAGAGCAGCAAGACGAGGCAGAGACACCAGAGCAGGAACCUCAAGGCGAAACAGAGGAGGCGUCCACAGGUGACAAUAAGAAGGAGACAAAGGAGGUUUCAGUGGACAUAACUGCUGCUGUUAAGGCUGCGCAGUGGGUGAAGUACGUGGACGCUGCCAGCAACAAUCCGUACUAUUACAAUGCCAGCACGGGGAAGACGCAGUGGGAGGAGCCUGAUGAAUUCGAUGAGUCAGCAGUUCCCAUGGCUCCCCAGGUCUCGGCUGAGUAUCAGGCUCAUCUUAACCGGAUGCGCACGGAGCGACUAGCACGAGUGACGCAACAAGUGCUGGACCCAUCGGGCAACCUCAGCAAGCUCAAUGCCAUUUUGAAUGGUAUCGAUAGUAGCGCUCCUUCUCCAGCAACAGUGGAUAGGGAGGGUGAUGAUGAUCCACGAAUACCUAAAGCGGAGUGGCAACAGCAUGUCGACGCGCAAACACAGCGAUAUUACUACCACAAUGUGGUCACAGGAGUGACGCAGUGGACCAAGCCAGACGCGCCUAUUGUGUCGGGGUUGGCGAAUUGGAUUCCUCCUGAAGUUCCUGUGUCCAGCUCGACUGGCCCUGGUCAGAAAACCGUCUCAGGUGUGAACUACGUCGCACAAGCGAAGUUCAAUCGGCUUACUGGCAAAUAUGAGCAACUCGGUGGUGAUGAAUAUUGGCAGAAUGCAGGGAUGGCGACAGACCGUGCUGGGCGACAAAUGAGCCACUUUUUCGACAUGAAUGAGCUAGAGAAAAACCGGGAAGAAGCACGACGCAGAAAGGAGCAGUUAAAGCGCAAGAACAUCGACUGGAAGAAAAUAACUGCGGAGAAGAAGGCCAAGAAGCAGAAGCAAAGGAACGAAUGGCUUUACACUGAUUAACAUUGAAACGCUCUGGAAAAAACUGGAUCAUGUGUUGUAAGUCUGACCGAAACAGUGUACACUUAUGAGCCAGCAUCUUCGCAAUGUGUCGGCGAAGAGUUAUCACAAACAAACUGGCAACAAAGCAAACCACGACGACUUGGUAAGAUUUAUCACAUGAGAUGCAAAGCUCAAAAUGUUCUUUGUAAGCAUGUUUAGGAAACGAAAUCACUUCGCGGAAUUAUUCCACGAUUCAGUAAUUCCUCUACAGACCCGGGCCAAGG